CUAUAUACCUAAUAAGGUCGAAUGACAACACUUUUGUGGCAUGGCAUGAUGACCAGUUGUCUUUUAUCAAUUUGAGCAAGCUUUCAUCCGCUUUGUCUACGAAAUCACAAUCGCUAUCAACUUUAUUUUCAGCAUCUUGAUCUGAGCCGCAUAGAUCAAAGUCCAUUUUUUACUUUAUGACUGCGACAUGUAUAACAUGUGAGCUUUCCUUGACGGAUUCUACUGUGUUAGGGCACUAUAAUUGUGCUACAUAUGGGCACACAACUCGUUAUUACACACGAAAUGAGUCCAUUAUUCCAGGGAAUAUGCACUAUACAAUCCAGAUUCAUUAGUGUGUGCCGUAUUCUAUUAUGGAAUCGCAACCCUGGAUGCCGGUAUCCUUCCAAGGCUAAUCACGGUGCUCGUCCAGACUGUCGGUCCCUUCGUAAGAUUCGUAAACGACUCCGAACUGGAAAGUAGAUUUCGUUAACUGCCUUAAUGUUAUAUAACUUAGUACUAUGAAGCUCAUUGGUGGAAACUACGCAUAUUAGUG